AUGUCUGCUCCCCUCAUCUUGCUCCCGGGCGAUGAGGUACCAAGCGACUACUUGCCGCCCACCAAGUCUAAUCCUCUCAAACUAGGCCCUGGCCUCCGCCUCUUGUCACAGCCUACAGCUUCAUCUACAUCAUCAAACCAUGUUUUGACAGCCACACAGGCCGGUUUGCUUGUAACCGAUACAAAGCGCAACGCCGUCUCACUACAAUCUUUCUCCAACCGCCGCUACAUCCCCACUACCAACGAUCUGGUUAUCGCACAGAUCCACCAUUCCAGCGUCGAUUACUUCCACUGCAUAGUGACCCCGCACACGGCGCACGCGAUGCUGGGCCAACUGUCCUUCGAAGGUGCCACAAAGAAGACAAGACCGAUGUUGAAACAAGGCGACCUGGUCUACGCGCGCGUAUUAUCAGUGGGUGUUGGCGCCGGUGCUGAGGUCGAGUUGACCUGUGUCAAUCCGGCCACUGGCAAGGCCGAGCCUGGAGGUCUAGGUCCUCUAGUUGGUGGGAUGGUGUUUGAUGUUUCCACGGGCAUGGCAGCUCGCUUGCUUCGGGCUAGCUCCACUUCAGCUGAGAAAUCCGACGCGGUUGACGGUCUUGUGGUCCUCGCCGAGCUCGGAAAGAAGCUUGAGAGCUUGGGAGGAUUUGAGAUCGCCGUUGGACGCAAUGGAAAGGUUUGGGUGGAUUGCUCCAAUGCAGGAGAGAGUGCAGUCAAGGUCACAGUCGCUAUUGGCCAAUGUCUGCAAGGUACAGAUGAGAGAAACCUUGACGCGGCUGAUCAGCAGAAGUUAGUGACAAAGAUCUUGCGCGGUAUGAAAUUAGCAUGA